AUGAGCCACCAGAAGAAAGUCAGUCUCAAUCCUCAUGAUCUGUGGGGAGUGCUGAAAGGCGGCGACGUGAGUCAGAACGGCACACCUGGCCCUGAGUCAUCCACCCCUGGGUCCCAUAAUAUAUCAAAAAGACCAGUCAGCCCAACGUCCAAGAAGACGGUCGCUAGCAGACCCAAAGACAUGUCUACCCAAGCAGCGCCAAAGGCCCGUCAGCCGCCUAAGUCGCUGCCGGAUUUCAUCUUGGAAAGAAAUGAAUUCUUCGACCAACUGAAGAAGCAGCAUGAUGAAGAACUGGCCGGCAGGGACAAACCUGCAAUUCAAAUCCAACUCACCACUGCUCCUGGUCAGGAAACCACGGUCCCGGGUAAAGCCUGGGAGACUACACCAGGUCACUUGUUGAAAAAUGUCCCCAAAGAACGGGCAGGGCAGAUCGUGGUCGCCAAAGUCGACGAUCAGCUGUGGGAUUUGGAUCGACCGCUCGAAAAAGAUGGCAACGUGUCCUAUUUGACAUUCGACGACCCAGAGGGCCGAGAUGUCUUCUGGCACUCCUCAGCUCACGUCCUUGGUGAAUGUGCAGAACACGAGUAUGGCUGCCGACUGUCCCACGGUCCCCCCACCGCAAUGGGUUUCUUCUACGACAUGGCGCUGGAACCCGGUCAAGCCGUCAAAGAAGCAGAAUGGCCAUCUCUUGAAAGUCGGGCGAAGAAAUAUACCAAGGACAAGCAACCGUUUGAACGCCUCGAAGUGUCCAAAGAGAAUCUGCGCAAGAUGUUUGGCUACAGCAAGUACAAGAUGCACUACAUUGAGAAAUUCGUCCCCAAUGGCGCAUCCUCCACAGUCUACCGCAACGGCACACUGGUCGAUCUCUGCCAGGGCCCGCACCUCCAGAACACGCGCAAAAUUGAAUCCUUCAAGAUCAUGAAGAACAGCUCUGCGUAUUUCUUGGGUGACCAAAACAAUGAUUCUCUGCAACGCAUUCACGGUGUGGCAUUCCCUACCAAGCAACAACUUAAAGAUUGGGAGAAUUUUUUGGAGGAGGCCAAGAGGCGCGAUCACCAAGUCAUCGGCCAGCAGCAGAAACUGUUCAUGUUCAGCAGAUUGUCGCCGGGUUCGCCGUUCCUUCUGCCCCAUGGAACCCGGAUUUUCAACGCUCUCCAGCAGAUGCUGCGCGAGCAGUAUUGGGAACGUGGAUACCAAGAAGUCCAAUCGCCCAACAUGUACGCCGUUGAUUUGUGGAAGACCUCGGGCCACUGGCAGCACUAUCAGGAUGACAUGUUCCGAGUCCAGGUGAAAGACGACUCAGCGGAGCCGAUACCUUUGACCGACCAGAAACCCGACAGCAAGCCUGUCGCCGAGAUCAAGGAUAAGGAUAAAGGCGUCUUUGCGUUGAAACCAAUGAACUGUCCGGGCCACUGCCUCAUGUUCCGUGAUGAGGAGCGUUCGUACCGUGAACUCCCCUGGCGAGUGGCCGACUUUGGCGUGUUGCACCGCAACGAAGCAUCCGGCGCUCUGUCUGGCUUGACUCGUGUGCGCAAGUUCCAGCAAGACGAUACACACAUUUUCUGCACGAACGAGCAGGUUCAGUCUGAAAUCGAAGGACUGUUUGACUUCAUGGAACACGUCUACGGUCUCUUUGGAUUCCCCUUCAAGUUGAAAUUCUCCACCAGGCCCGAGGGCUACAUGGGCACGUUGGAGGAGUGGAAUACAGCAGAAACACAACUGAAGCAAGCGCUCCAGAACUUCCGUGGUGAUGACUGGGAGAUGAACGAAGGUGAUGGCGCGUUCUACGGUCCUAAAAUCGACAUCACCAUCUCUGACGCCUUGAUGCGUGAGUACCAGUGCGCCACGAUCCAACUUGACUUCCAGGGCCCGCAGAACUUCAAACUGGAAUACCGCACCGGCGAGAGCGGCGAGGCGAUUCACAACACCGAGCGCGAUGCCAAGGGUGUUGCCCCUGGAAUGGCUCGACCAGUGAUGAUUCACCGCGCAAUUAUCGGAUCAUUUGAACGUUUUAUUGCCAUUCUGUGUGAGCAUUUCGCAGGAAAAUGGCCCUUCUGGCUGUCUCCGCGCCAGAUUUUGGUGAUUCCCGUCAUGAAGGCCGCCGAGGACUACGUGCGUGAGAUCCAGCAAAUAUUCCACAAGGCCAGAAUGUACAUCGACAUCGACGUUAGUGGGAACACCCUGCAGAAGAAGAUCCGGUCCGGCCAAUUGGCUCAGUACAACUUCAUUUUCGUUGUCGGCGCCAAAGAACAAGAGACCCGUACCGUCAACAUCCGCAACCGCGACGAUCCAUCAACACAGAAAAUGGGCGAACUGAUCCCGCUGCAAAAGGCGCUUGAGCGGCUCGUCGCACUGCGCGACGAGAGAAGACUCGAAAACAAGAUCGACAUGUCAGACUAA